AAGGCAGGUCUCUGAUCUGAUAAAGAGUCGCGGAGAGGCAAGCUUGCAAAGAGCAGAGAGGGAUUCUCUCGUCUGUACCAAGCCUAGAAGGAAAAAGGCAGCCGGUAUCAUGGGCAGGCAGAAGGAAGUGCUGUCAAUCGUGGGCCAUCGGCUGAGGAUCAGGAAUAAACUCAUCCGGCAAGCGCUGGCCGAAUGUCUGGGGACCUUAGUGCUGGUGCUGUUUGGCUGCGGUUCGGUGGCUCAAAUUGUCCUCAGCCGAGGAUCCCACGGAGCGUUCCUGACGGUCAAUCUGGCUUUCGGCUUUGCUGUGACCCUGGGAAUUCUGAUCGCUGGACAGAUCUCAGGUGGUCACUUGAACCCGGCCGUCACUUUCGCAAUGUGCUUCAUGGCCCGAGAACCUUGGAUAAAGCUGCCCAUAUAUACCUUGGCACAAACCCUCGGCGCGUUCUUGGGAGCUGGCAUCGUUUUUGGCUUGUACCAUGAUGCCAUCUGGGCCCAUGGCGGGAACCAGCUGUUCGUCACCGGUCAGAACGGCACGGCUGGGAUUUUCGCCACUUACCCAUCAGAGCACUUGAACUCCGUCAAUGGAUUUUUUGACCAGUUUAUUGGCACAGCCGCCUUGCUCGUCUGCGUUUUGGCUAUUGUCGACCCGCACAACAACCCAGUCCCCAAAGGUUUGGAGGCAUUCACCGUCGGCUUUGUUAUCUUGGUGAUUGGAACUUCCAUGGGCUUCAACUCCGGAUAUGCUGUUAACCCAGCCCGAGAUUUUGGGCCUCGCCUGUUCACGGCCAUUGCCGGCUGGGGCUCAGAAGUCUUCACGACGGGCCGGCAGUGGUGGUGGGUGCCCAUCAUCGCGCCUUUCCUGGGAGCCAUUGCUGGCGUGAUAGUCUACCAGCUGAUGGUCGGCUGCCACGAUGAGCCGCCUCCCGAAGCUCACGAUGAGGAAAAUGUGAAGCUGUCCAACGUGAAGCAAAGAGACAAUCUUUGAAGCUUCCAGGAAAAGUAAUCGACCCUCAGUGUGCAAAUGGACUGGUUUUUUUAAAAUAAAAAAAUAAAUAAAUAAGACUGCAAUCACCAAAGACGAGAGAAGAGAAAGACCCACAACAGGAAUCCUCGCUUCCUAUUCCUUCCUUCUUCCCCCCAGUUGCUUCAAAUAUCCUUAACAUGUUUGUUUUAGAAAGUUGCUCACAAGCCCCAAGGUAUGACGUUGUGGGGUCAAUCUACCUGCUUGGGGUUUGGGCAGCGUUGUCAAAGGGUUAGCGUACAGGACUGACCCUUUAGCAGCCUGAAUCCAAGGUCUGUUGCUUUGCUUUAACCUCUUGACUGGCCGUUUCCCCUCUUCGGAUGUGAGCUAGAACAAUUUCGAUUUGACCUUUAUUAACAGAUCCGGGACCACUAGUUGAGAUAGGGGGAGGGAACGGGAGAAUUUAGCUAACUGUGCAAUUUCUGCACCGUUGGAGUCGGCAACUUCUAGAAAUUUCCUAACCCAGAUUUGGCACACCCCCCUCCCUCCUCUGAGGGCCAAAUCCACCCCUAGUGUUACUUGUGUCUUCUCAAAGGCUGGGUUUGUUUGUCUAAAGGUUGAAUGGACCAGAUAGAUUAAAGUGGUCCAGUUGGGUCAAUUUUUCCCUCAGAAGAAGCUACCAUGCGGGGAAGACAUCAGUGACAGAAGAUCUGGUUUGGGGGGAGGGGUGUCAAGAUCUGCUAGGAACGGCUAUGGAAGAAAGAGUUGAGACACUUAGUUCAAAUCCAGGGGCAACUUCAAGAUCAAGUGGGACCUCUUGGUGCCUUCUUCAACGCCUUCCGCAGUAUCAAGCUUUGUAAAUAUAAAGGAGUAUAUAUAAACAUAUAUAUGGACAUAAA